GCACCCGCGUGGGGCGUCGGGCGAGAUGGCGGCGCGCAGCCUGGGCAGCGGUGUGGGGCGACUGCUGCGUAGCCUGCACGGGCGCUCCGGACAAUCGGGGUGGUUGCUGAGCGUGUCCCUAUCGACCGCCACUCGGCUCCUAGGCAGCGUUCCCCAGGCAGCGCAGCCGGGCUCAUACCCUGCGUUGAGCGCUCAGGCGGCCCAGGAGCCAGCCGCCUUCUGGGGGCCGCUGGCCCGUGACACACUAGUUUGGGACACCCCCUACCACACUGUCUGGGACUGCGACUUUAGGACGGGCAAGAUCGGCUGGUUCCUGGGAGGCCAGUUGAAUGUAUCUGUCAACUGCCUGGAUCAGCAUGUGCAGAAGUCCCCUGAGACCGUAGCUUUGAUUUGGGAGAGAGAUGAGCCUGGGACUGAAGUGAGGAUCACUUACAGGGAGCUUCUGGAGACCACGUGCCGCCUGGCCAACACCCUGAAGAGGCAUGGAGUGCACCGAGGGGACCGUGUGGCCAUAUACAUGCCUGUGUCCCCACUGGCUGUGGCGGCAAUGCUGGCCUGUGCCAGGAUUGGAGCUAUCCACACAGUGGUAUUUGCUGGCUUUAGUGCAGAGUCCUUGGCUGGGAGGAUCAAUGAUGCCAAGUGCAAGGUUGUUAUCACCUUCAACCAAGGACUCCGGGGAGGGCGUGUAGUGGAACUGAAGAAAAUAGUGGAUGAAGCUGUGAAGAGUUGCCCAACAGUCCAGCAUGUCCUGGUGGCUCACAGGACAGACGCCAAGGUCCACAUGGGGAAUCUGGACAUUCCCCUUGAGCAGGAAAUGGCCAAAGAGGCCCCUGUGUGUGCCCCUGAAAGCAUGAGCAGUGAAGACAUGCUCUUCAUGCUCUACACCUCUGGGAGCACCGGCUCACCCAAGGGACUCGUUCAUACGCAGGCGGGCUAUCUACUGUAUGCUGCCAUGACGCACAAGCUCGUGUUUGACUACCAGCCAGGUGAUGUCUUUGGCUGUGUGGCUGACAUCGGUUGGAUCACAGGGCACAGCUAUGUGGUGUAUGGACCCCUCUGCAAUGGAGCUACCACGGUCCUUUUUGAGAGCACCCCUGUUUACCCGGAUGCUGGUCGCUACUGGGAGACAGUGCAGAGGCUAAAGAUCAACCAGUUCUAUGGUGCCCCGACAGCUGUCCGGCUGCUACUGAAGUACGGGGAUGCCUGGGUGAAAAAGUAUGACCGAUCCUCCCUGCGCACAUUGGGGUCAGUGGGAGAGCCUAUCAACCAUGAAGCCUGGGAGUGGCUCCACAAGGUGGUGGGUGACGGCAGAUGUACGCUGGUGGACACUUGGUGGCAGACGGAAACUGGUGGCAUCUGCAUCGCACCACGGCCCUCAGAAGAUGGGGCAGAGAUCCUCCCGGGUAUGGCCAUGAGGCCCUUCUUUGGCAUCGUCCCAGCACUCAUGGAUGAGAAGGGCAAUGUUGUCGAGGGUCGUGACGUCUCUGGGGCCCUGUGCAUUUCCCAAGCUUGGCCAGGCAUGGCAAGGACCAUCUAUGGUGACCACCAGAGGUUCAUAGAUGCCUACUUUAGAGCAUACCCAGGCUAUUACUUCACUGGAGAUGGAGCUCACCGGACUGAGGGUGGCUAUUACCAGAUCACAGGGCGCAUGGAUGAUGUCAUCAACAUCAGUGGUCACCGCCUGGGGACUGCAGAGAUUGAGGAUGCAAUGGCUGACCACCCUGCUGUUCCAGAAACUGCUGUCAUUGGGUACCCUCAUGACAUCAAGGGAGAAGCUGCCUUUGCCUUCAUUGUGCUGAAAGAUGACACACGUGAUACGAACGCGGUAGUAAAUGAACUGAAGUCGGCAGUGGCCACCAAGAUCGCCAAGUAUGCCGUGCCUGACCAGAUCCUGGUGGUGAAGCGUCUCCCCAAAACCAGAUCUGGGAAAGUGAUGAGGAGGCUGCUAAGGAAGAUCAUCACCAGCAAGGGGCAGGAUCUAGGGGACACCACUACCCUGGAGGACCCCAGUGUCAUCACGGAAAUCUUGAGUGCCUUCCAGAAGUAUCAAGACCAGCGGGCUGCCACCAAGUGAGGUGUGCCUGUGUCUAUGCUCAGACAAGGACCCCUGGCAGUCCUCAGGGAAAGGAGCCUUGAAGGUGGCUUGUUCCAUCUAAGCACAUGACCCCUCUACUGUCCUACGUGGGGCCAAAGCCCCUUUUUUCCUUCUGCGGCCCAGAGGGCCGCCUCUGGAGGGGGAGGCCUUUGUCCUACAUCUGGUUUCCAGAAUGAAGUCAUAAUCGGCAGUGAGCCAGCAUGGGGUGGCCAGAGGACUGUUCACCAUUUGGCUUCUCCAAAGCCAUCAUGCUUUCUCCAGAUGUGUCUAGAUAUAAAACACAGAUGUUUUAUUUUUUGUACUUUUCUAUUUGGGGAGAACAACAGAACACUGAACUGUAAUGUGAACAUUAACAUUUACUCUCUCUCUCUCUCUCUCUCUCUCUCUCUCUCUCUCUCACACACACACACACACACACACACCACACACACACACACACACCACACACACACACACACACACACACACACACACACACACACACACACACACACACAGAGGAAUUGGGGAAAAUCUCCCUUCUUGUUUCCCCAGGGAAGCAUGAAGAUAACAGAGUGUACUUUUUACUAGCAUUUGGCCUGCUUGAAGUCCAAAUCAGAGAUGUUUGUGCCUCUGUCUUACACAGAACUCUCCUGAUCCUGCUAAUCCGAGUUGCCACGUCCACUUGCUGUGUCUGUUUCAUAUUUGGUUCAUUUGGUUUAUGUUAUAGAACAAACUCAACAAUUCUUAUGUUUUGCAUGUUAGGGAUUGCACUCAGGGCCUUCUCCAGACUAGGCAAGCGCUCUACCUCUGAGCUACACACCAGCACCUCUAACUCCCAAGAGACAGGGUGAAUGUCCUCCCCUUUACUUGUAAAAGCAUUUGGGUUUGUUUCUCUAAGCUGUGAUCUGGAAAGAACUUCUUUCCCCAAGGUGCCUCUUAGUAGGAGGUUGCCAUUGCUUCAAAUAUGUGAGGUUGUUUGUGGGAGUCAGUGAAAACUCAGGUGUCUUAUUAAGGUUCUGGGCUCCUGAAGACUCUGCCUGCCCUUUCUUUUGUGGUUGGAGAAGCAAGAACCACUGUGGUCCAAUUAUGACACUUGGUGCUCCCAAGCAAGCUCUCUCUCAAUGUGCCUUAAGUCCUCUAGACAUUGGUGGGUGAUGCAAAUUGUGAAGUCAUGAAAAGCUUAUUUUGUAGCUAGGUGUGGCUAAGUAUGGGAGGCCUGAGGGUGUGGCAGCUCUGUGAGCAGGGCCCCAGGGGAGGGGGAGGAGGGACUAUUCUGUCUAGUCCACAGAAUUUAGCUAUAUGGGUGUUUCAGGGGUAUCUUAGUUACUACACACCUACUGUGAGUUUAACCUGUGCUGACUUCUUGGGAAGUAGGGUAAAUACGCUGUCACUUCCAGGAGGUGGAGAGGUUGUAGUACGCACAAAUAUUGAAUAAUAGUCCUUUGUUACAAUCAGCAAUGAAGAGUCAUGUGAUGGACUUGGUUGACUGUAGUUACUAUGCCCUUUUAAAUGGCUUAGGUUUCCAGGUUGCUGAUACAAGCUCUCAGAAUGAUCUGUAUAAAUAUUCAAAUAAAGCUUUAUUUUGUUCACUCUC